AUGGCUGAGUCAAAGCUUUUCGAGCCUCUGAAGGUUGGCAAUUCUAUUCUUGAUCAUCGGAUCGUAAUGGCGCCUCUUACUCGGUUUCGUGCGGACGGCAACCGUGUCCAAUUGCCCCAAGCCCUGGAAUACUAUUCACAGCGUGCUUCAGUUCCGGGCACUUUAAUUAUAACAGAGGCAACACUGAUAUCCGAAGCUCACAGUGGUUUCCCCAACGCCCCUGGGCUGUGGACGGAUGCCCAGAUUGAGAGUUGGAAGAUUAUCACUGAUGCUGUGCACGAUGGAAGAUGCACUAUCUUCUGCCAGCUCAUUGCACCUGGCCGCGCCGCAGUUUUGAGUCCUUUAGCUGGAGGAGCUCGCCAACUCUUAAGCUCGAGUGCAACUCCAAUGACAGAGGAAGAAGACGCCGAUGUUCCCCAGGAGAUGACCCCCGAGCAGAUUGCAUCUUGCAUUUCUGAUUUUGCGCAAGCGGCAAAAAAUGCUAUCCGAGCUGGAUUUGAUGGCAUUGAGAUCCAUGGUGCAAACGGAUACCUUAUUGACCAAUUCCUUCAAGACAAUUGCAACAAGAGAAGCGAUCGUUGGGGCGGCAGCAUUGAGAAUCGAGCAAGAUUCGCACUCGAAAUUACGUCUGCAAUUGUGGAAGCAAUUGGCGCAGAAAGAAAUUUGAAGCGAUAUCGAUUGGCAUAUCUGCACAUUAUCGAGUCGCGCGUUAAUAAUAACGUGGAUAUUGAAUGUACGGAUAGCAUCAAAUUCUUAUUGGAUAUUUGGGGCAAUACAUCGCCGAUAUUUGUGGCCGGCGGCUAUACUCCAAAGAAUGCGCGUCAGGCCGUUGACGGAGAGUACAGGGAUUACGACGUUGCCGUUGUUUUUGGUCGGCAUUUCCUCGCCAACCCAGAUCUCCCCUAUAGAAUAAAAGAAGGCCAGCCGUUGAACAAGUACGAUCGCGCGAGUUUCUACACUCCGCUUCUUCCAGAAGGCUACAUUGAUUAUCCAUCCAGCCCAGGCUUCGUUCCUGGCAGGGCUCUCAGUGCUAGGGGCACUUCUCUGGCCUUGGCACAAUAG